CAAAACUGUUCCCCGUUGGAUUUCAGGACAUUUCAGCUCUUAAAACAGCGUUUCCCGGAGAAGUAGCUCCCAUAACGAGGUCAGCUGAUGAACAGUUCCACCAGGUGCUAAUUGCUAAUUGGCUAGUCUGAAGGAGCUCUGAAAUGCAGAAGCUUUGAGGAGGAGCUGGGUCUCGAAGGCGGGGCUAAGUACAACCAGCCGUUUUGUACAGCUGAAUGUUUGCCAUGGAAAUUAAAUGAUUUCUAAAACAUGCAUGAAGGAAUCAGGAUAAAACUCCAGCCGCGCCAUGUCCAGACAUGUGGUGAGUGUGCAGCCAAAGAACCGGGUCAAAGAGGCUGGAGCCUGGAGCACCGGCCUGUGUGAGUGCUACAAAGACAUCGGAGACUGCUGCUUGGCCUGCUGUUGCCUCCCGCUGUUUACCUGUAAGGUAACGAAUGCGGCCGGCGCCUGUCCCUGCCUGCCUCUGCUGGACUGCAUCAGCUGCGUUCCUCCGGCCUCUCUGGCCAUGAGGGCUUCGGUCAGGGAACGCUAUGGCAUCAAGGGAAGCGUGUGGAGCGACUGCCUGUACGGAUGCUGCUGCUACAUGCUAUCUUGGCUUCAGAUCUCCAGGGAGCUGAAAAGAAGAGCAGCAUCCCACGCCGCCUCCUCUCUGCAGGCCUCCUCCACAGUCAGAUACACUGCUCUGACCUCCCUGCAGGGGGCGCACUUGGUCUAGACGCCUCUGGGAACCAUUCUUUCCCUAAUGGCAGAAAGUCCAAGAGAGGAUUUAAUCACACUUCAUUUGGCCUGCAGGGACAAAUUAUAUGUUCAAAUUAUUUAAAAUUUAUUUAAACACUUUAGGUUUUUUAAUACUGUUGUCUUUGCAGGAUUUUUUUUUCUUUUGUCAAAGUGUCUCUAAUAAGUAUUACUUGUGAAUAUGUUGCGUAAGUAAUGUGCAAAUAAAUAUGCAGCGCUAUUUUUGUUCCUUUUUUUUACUUUAUUGCUUGCA